AGGACCUCCUGAUUCAAUAACUAUCCGCUCCUAGUCCUGAGAAAAAGAAAAUUUACGUUUUAUCGAUUUUUUUUAAUGCAUGCAGAGUUGCUGUUGUAAUGUAACACAAUUAAUUACCUGAAACUCAACAUUUACCACUCUGCGCUCACCCAGCAUCGCUGUUGGUUUUUUUGAGUUGCUUUUCCCCCACCUCGGAAUUGGUUUUCGUCGAUAACAUCAUCACUUCUUUCCACUUUUGCUGGAGCGCGCCCACUCGAUUUUGCCGCAUGUAAGGCGAAUGCGCAGCAUGUUUGCGUCGAGGAGGUUCUUGUGCACGUCUUCGGUGGGAGAUGACGGUGUGACGUCAAUGCCGUACCACCCUUGUUCCGGCGCUGGCAUCUGAAAGUGGUGCAGUCGUGCAGCCCUGCACCUUCGGGGAGAACAAGGGCACCAGCAGGCCGCGCCUAAAAUGCCCAUGAUAACUUGGGAUCCGGGCAAAACACCGGCCAGCACAAUGUCGUCCUCGUCUCUGCGACGUCACUUGCUCUUCUGGAGGAAAGCAGCUGCAGAAGCAAAAGAACUACACCUGCAUACUUGCAACGGGAGAGGGAGAGCAGCAGAAGCACAACUACACUUGCAUACUUGCAACGGGAAAAUGUUGAUCACCAACACCAUCAGAAGAAAAAGUAAUUUCAGGUCGAUGUUGAAAACCGUUUGGUAUUUGCUCGCCAUCCUGUCCCACUUUAGGAUCUUCUUCGGCUAUUUCUUCAUCCACACGGUACUAGAAGUCCUGGCUGCUCCGGAGACAAGUCAGUCUGACCAGCCAGCUGCACCGAUAGCCGGAAAAACGGUGGUUGACCCGGAAAACCCGAGCAACACGCUAGCGGAAAUCAAGAUCUACGAACAGCCAAGAAAAUCUACAACAUCUGCAAGUAGAACAUCAAGUACGGAAAGAUCAAUUCCUCAUGCAGAUGCGGCCGUAGAACAUGAACAGCAAAUACAACAACUUAGCGCGAAGAACAACAUGAAACCGCCGAUCUCUUCCACGGAACUUCUCCACCAACUACAACAGGAAAACCUCCGUGCGCUGGAGGCAAAAGAGGUGAUAAAAAGCAACGGCAUUGUCCAUUAUGAGGAGGAUGAAGAAGAAGGCGAGGCGCACAACAUAUUAGCAACCGGAGAUAAUUCAUUUGGCCAGAGAAGUAGUAGUAUCAGGAUUAACCACAACACCGGACAAAGUAGAAAUCUUGGUGUCAUCACCAUUACCCCACCUUUCUUGGUAUUCACGACGAAUUCCCUUUCUGACUUGGGGAUAAAGCUCUACGCCGGUCAAAAAUACGCGGUCACGAUUCAGCUGAACGAGCAGAACUGGCCCUACGAUACCGCGCGGAUGAUGCUGGUCAGCUCAGAAAUUUCGCAGCAACUAGCGACUCUAGGGUCCUGCCCACUUUACCAAUUCGGCGACAGCUACUCCCCCUAUGACGGCACCGCCGUGAUUCCUGCCGCGGCGGACGAUGUUAUGCAGGGCCGGUGGACUUUCGACCCCGUUGGCGCGACGAUUCGGCACGGCGGGAUGUUCAAGAUCUGCGUUUCCCCCGGGGGCGAUUUCAACUCCUUCGGAACCCUAGUGAACAUUGACGCGGAUGGGAACGCUAUCCAGGAAAAAAACUGUGUAAGUGUAACUAUGUAGGAAGAGCAGCAUCACAAAUUCGCUCUGCAUCAUACAGGGAAAACCUGUCAUGCGCAGCUAGUAUCAGUGGAAACACGUAUGAGAGGAGCCUAUGACGCAGAUCUAGCAUGACAAGUGAUAACUGUUUUACAUAUUGCUGCAUCUUCACAGACUUAGACUCACAUAGUUUUUUCUUGGAUAAACGCGGUUGGGUACCAGGCGGCGGGGUUGACGGAUACCUGUACCACGCCCGGUUGUUUCGCGAAUCGAAGGUUUUACUGCUGGGCCGUCAACUCGGCGCUCAUGCUGUACGCGCCCUCCGGGUACGACUGCUUGCUGUAUUUCGAGGGCGUUUCCUACCAACAAGGGUAUCCUGUGCGAAUAAAGUAUCGUACUCAUAGUUGUAAUCGCAAUUAUGCAUGACAAGGCCCUCAUUCAAGGUAAGGCAGCAUGAGAAAUUCCAUUUGUCAUUCUGCGCGAAUUUGUAAUGCGAAGACUACUAGUACGAUGCUUUUGCAUUUCAUAAAGGGCAACCGCAAACCAUUGUCGGGCGCGUGCAGCACAUGAAACUUUCCUGGGGUGUCACCACUAUGGAUUGUAAAAGUGUCUGGGUCCUCUGGAAGGAUGUGAACUUGUGAUGCGCAUUUCAGAACACAGACAAAUCUCUCAUGCAUAGGCAGCAAAAGAUGUCCAUUUCCUGUCACCAAAGUGGGGCGACAUUUGUCAUGCGGAUUAAGCAAUGCGGAAGCUUCUCGAAAUCUGUGAUGCUAGGGCUUCCAGGACAGACAUCCUGUGCCAUGCAAAGACAGCAUGACUCUUCCAGACCCAGACAUAUUUGCAAUUGAUAACCACUGCGGAUACACAAAUUUCUAACGGAGAACAGGUCGGCGGCUGUCCCAUGUCCCUGCCCGGGACAAAGAUCAAGGAUAUUAGCUAUCCUGAGCAAAAACGCACCCACCUCAGAGUCAAGAUGGGAAAUCUGCUAGACAAAUCGCCGCGCUUUGGUUGUUACGCAUGACAAGUUUAUUGGUCUCGUAGUGUAAUUAUCCUGUUUAGCUAGUUCAGCAGCGUCACAGGUCUGGCGCACUAUCCCGAUUCAAGGAUCACAAAUUCCAAAACACGACUAGAAAACCCUUCUCAUGGGUCUCCGCAUGACAAACAUUCUCAGCAUGCAGCUUUUGGCAUUACAACUUUGGGGUGGGGGCGUUUUUACAAGUGAUAUUUCCUACCGGGCGUUGGAGUUACCCGCGAACACGAACUACACCACGGAUAUCAAAAGUAAAAAUGUCUGGGUCUGGAAACUUGUGAUGCUGGGUGGCGUCUCAUGAUGAGGCUACAAAUGCUGGCUCAGCAUGACAAGUUUCUGAGCUCCUAGGUAUUGCCUAUUCUGCAUGACAAACUGCGUUUCUGCAUCACAGGAAAACGGAGCUCUUGGGUAACGUGCGUGACAGAUUUAAGAGUCAUGCCAGACAAGCAUGACAGACAUGAAUUCUUCCAGACCCAGACAUUUUUACAUUUGAUAAAGGAUGUCUCCGAACAGGUAAAAACCGAAAUCAACUACAACCUCGGGCCGGCGCAGACGAUUCUGCCCGCGGGGUUCAAGUACAGCUUGUGCUUCUGCCCGGAUUUCUAUGAGAGAGCACAAAAAUUAUCCCCCUCCCCGAGCUUGUGAUGCGGAAAAAUACUAAACCCAACUGCUGCCUUGUGGCACCGUUUGCAUGACAGAUUCCCGAAGCAGGAGCCAAAAUAGUAUUACACUAGGCGCAUGAUGUGCUUGUCAUACAAAACUCCACGUGGGCUGGAGGUUGUAUUGCUGUUCAUGCCAUACAAGUGAGGGGGAGGGGGAGUUGUGCAGUCUCAUAGCUUCCCGGGGAUCGCCUUCGGGAUGUGCAUGAAACCGAACUACUACAUCCAGGACGUGGGCAAAGUGCUAUCAAAGUAAAGAAUCCCCCCAGCUCCCGAUAACAACGAACAAAACUUCUGAUGCGACAUUUGCGAACACAAAUGGGGACUGUAUUGCUGUAAGGAACUGCAGCCAGACCCUCGGCCUGUUUAGGGGCGUAAUGGUCUAGCUGUUUGGCAUGGGAAACGCCUGCCUUGCAGGCCCAACAGCAUGACAAACAGCCUCCAUAAAAAUGCUGCGCGUACCUCGGCACUUGCCUUCUUGCAAGACAGAAAUAGUUUGUGACCAGAAAUCUGCAUAACAAAUUUUUUGCAGAAGGAUGGAUGCCUUUUCAAUAUGGGGAGGGAGGAUUUUUCCGGGCAAUAAGUGCACUUCAUGAUGUGGAGUCACGGGGUGUCCCGCCCGGUGUAUCAGCAGCGCGAGACGAUCAUUUUUGGCACGGAAUUCGACGGGAUCAUCGACUGCGGGGAGGAGGAGUGCGAUGACAAGGGCCGGAUAAAACUCGUGCCGCAAAACAACGCUCUGUUGAACAUUCCGCAUUGGCAGUCCGAGGGGACGGGGUGCAUAUCCAAGAAGAAAAGAUUGUAGGUGUAACUUUUUUUGCGGAUCAGCAUUACAAAUCUGUCUGGAACGAGAGCAGAAACCUGUCAUGCGCAGAUAGCAUGUCAAAACGCGCUUGAAUGGUGGACCCUGCAAUGCAUGUCCAGCAUGACAGACGGAAUCAUCUGCUCACGUGUUGCGCAUCACAAACUUACACUAACAAUGUUUUUUUUCUGCAUAGUGGAACAUCGCGAGUCAAUCAGAGUUUUACUUCACGCCACCGAACUGUGACGCGACGUCGGGCUCGACUUUUACCACCGUCGACGAGUUUCGGAGAACAAGCGAACAGGGCUAUGCAUUGCAAAAGCAUCGUACUCGUAGUUGUAUUGCAAUACAAAUUUUUAGCUCAGCAUGAUCACAAACGGAACUUCUCAUGCUGAUUUAGCUUGAAAAAGAGAUUUGUCUUGCAUGACUGCAAUUAGUACGAAUACGAUACUUUUGUACAGGAUAGAGGCCCGGAUUCCGCGAAUUUCAACACCAUGCUGAAGGACCCCCAGCAGGGGUUUCAGAUAUCAAAUGCAAAAAUGUCUGGGUCUGGAAGCUUGUUGCUGAUACUUGCAUUGCAAACUUGCUGCUUGUACGGCAUAACAGCAUGAGAAAUUUCCCUCGGGUUCUUGCGGAUUCAUUCGUGUUUAGCAUUACAAAUUGCCAUCCAGCACGACAAAAAAACUGGCCAAUGGUAUUCAUGCAUUACAGAUCUUGUUGUCGUUGAAGUCCUGCUUCACAAAUCCAGACCCAGACAUUUUUACAAUCCAUAUCAGAUGCAAAGGUGCGACUUAGUCCCGGACUCCACGACGAUAGGGCGGCUCGGGUUUCAGAAAAUGUUCAUUUCGCAGAAGAUGCACAACGACUUUCCGGUUGGGUUGAUCUUGGACGUUUGUUUUUCCCAUAAUCCUAUCAAAUGUAAAAAUGUCUGGGUCUGGAAGAUUGCCAGGUUUGUGAUGCAUAUUUUGAAUGACCCAGGAUGUCUGUGAUGCAUCCCCUAGCAUCACAAAUUUUUAGAGGACUUUGUGAUGCCUCUACCGCAUGAGAAAUGACCUCCCCACGUAGCACAAGCUGGAGUCCUUCUGCUGGUAAUGCAAUACAAAUUUUUUUUGGAAUGCAGAGACAGCAUUACAAGUUUAGAAUCUUCCAGACCCAGACACUUUUACAUUUGAUAAAUCCCAUCUACAACGCGACCGUGAUAAAUCCCGACUACAAAAUCCCGAAAUCUUCCGUCGCUUUGCAAAAUGUGACCACGACCUUUUUCAAACUCGGCGAACUCCACAUCCACCCAGUCAUGAUAGAUUUCCCCACGGAGUUCCUGGCGUUAGAAUCCCCCGCGACUAUCCUGUGCAAAAGCAUCGUAUUCGUAUUGCCAUCAUGCAUUACAAAUCUUUUUCUUAAGGCAAAUCCGCAUUACAAAUUUUAUCUCUCAUGCUGAGGAAAUUUGUAAUGCAUUUAUACGAGUGCGAUACUUUUGCAAUUCAUAGCGACUUUAACCGUACAAUCCGCAUGGCUGGGCACAAGCAACAACUUCCCGGAGCCGAACGAGAAUUACUACGACAGCCUCGAUCCCAACACAACCGAUACCGACUACAUUUCGCACCUACUGCCGUUAGUGGAAUUCCCAACGUUGAAAAUCCUGUGGGACUAUGACCGAAAGUUUGGGAGUAAGGAGUGUUUUGAAUACCAACAGUGGCCCUGGAAACAAGACACGGAUCUGCUAGCCGCGAGGUUCCGGGCGUUAACCUUAAACGACACGAUCAGCUACUCCUUUGUCCAAAACUCGGGAAAUGCGGAAUUACAACGGGGUUUCCCGCACCAAUUAGCCGAGCCCUUCGGCUACUUCGAGGGCAUCUGGUGCAAGGACAACAACACAAACUGCACUUGUAUCGCAAGAAAAAAGUGUUACAGUAUACACACUGUGUUGCAAGCCCGGCAUGACAGACAACCUCUGUCAUGCCGGAUAAGCAGAAGCACAGGAGCCUUGUUGCACACGUGUUUUCCCGUAGGAUUUCUGCAUUGCAAGUUUUCUCGCCCAUGCAGAGAAAUUUGUGUUGCUGCAUUGACAACAGAUGUGUACUAACUGUAAUACACUUUUUUCGUGGGAUAAUUUUGAAAGGGGUAAGAACCACGGCCGGGGAUUUGCUUUUCGGGAAUUUGUAUGCACUGCAAAAAUAUCGUACUCGUAUUGCAAUCAUGCAAUACAAAUUUUUUUCUCAAGGUAUAUCCGCAUUACAAAUUUUUUUUGUCAUGCUGAGCAAAUUUGUAUUGCAAUCUAUACUAGCAGGAUGCUUUUGCAAUGCAUAAUUUGCAAAGAAAAAUCCAGGUGAUGCCGAAAGUCGCAGGUAGCUUCGCGGUGUGUUACUGUUCGCAAAGGUGUAACCAAGAUUCCGCUUACUGGGUUCUCGCGGACCGACUCACCGUCGCCGGCCCCUACAUGGAUCCCGCGGGGAAUGUUUACCGACUCACCUCGCGCGUCCAGGGCGCUUUCACGGUCCCCGGAUUUGGGUUUAAGACGACGAACCGGUUGAAAAUCAUCCCGCAGGAGGACAGCUGCUUCCAAACGGAGAAUAUCAACUGCAAAUAUGUCUGGGUCUGGAAGAGUGCAGCGAGGUUUGUCAUGCAUGUCUCGCGUGACCCAUGACGCCUGUAAUGCAUGGCCUAGCCUCACAGAGUUUUAGAAGGCUGCCUGAUGCCUAUUCCGCAUUACAAAUUCCCUCACCGCGUAGCACAAACUGGACUCCUCUUGCUGGUCUGUCAUGCAAUAAAAAUCUUUUUAGAAUCCAAACACAGCAUCACAAGUUCCAUCCUUCCACACCCAGACAUAAUAUUUGGAAUGCAUGGAGAACAUCACCCUGACUCCGACAUUAAACCAGUGUUUGGUCGGGAUCGGGUAUCAAGAAGAAAAAUCCCCCCUCUCCAUGUCAAAACGAAGUUUCUGAUGCUGGAUUUGGGUACACAAAUUAGAUUUGUCUUGCUGGCGAGGACUGCAGACCGAAACGAAGCCUGAAGAGUAGAGAUGCCUUGACCUAGGCACUUGUGGCAUGAAAAACGUGUGUGUUGUAGGCCCCACAGCAUGACAAACCGCCCUCCAUAAUGUGGCGGAGCCGGUGGAGUUGCCGUCUUGCAAGACAGACGCGAUUUGUGGUCACAAAUCAGCAACACAAAUUUUCGAAAACCUACCUCGUCAAUAUGGGGAGGGGGGAUUUUUCCUCCCAAUAUCGGGUGCCGGCCGCACGACAUGCCGUACGGCGAUGACACGGUGAUGCCGGAUCUGUUCCCGACCAUAUUGAACGACGCUACGUGGGUAUCGCAAGAAAAAAGUGUUACAGUCACACUCACACAUUGUGUUGCAGGCGAAGCAAGACAGACAAGCUCUGUCAUGCCGGAUAUGCAUAGGAGCCUCGUUUCAUAGGUGUUUUCCCGUGAUAUUUCUGCAUUACAAGUUUUCUCACUCAUGCAGAGAAAUUUGUGUUGCUGAAUUCACUACAACAAAUGUGUAACUGUAACACUUUUUUCGUGGGAUAGUGGGCGCCGAACAACCGGUACAUCACGCAGUUUCAGCGAGUGGUAGCGGAUCCAGUCAACGCACCAACCGUCGGAUCCACGUGGGUGACCUUCACCGGCGUGCACUUACUGAAGCCGGGGGACGUCAUAUGCAUUGCAAAAAUGUCUGGGUCUGGAAAAGUGGAACUUGUGUUGCAUGUCUUGCAUUCCUGAAAAAUCUGUGUUGCACAGCCAGCGAGAAAGGCGCUACUUUUUCGUCCUGCAAAAACGCAGUUUAUCAUGCGUGCUACGUAUCAGACGGCGUCAAGUAUACUAAUGCUUGUCAUGCUUGGCUGCACUUGAAAGCGCCUGUCUUAUCCAAACUUUAGCAUCACUAAUUUCCAGACCCAGACAUAUUUGCAUUUGAUACGUCAUCCACUUCGACGACUUGAUCCCCACUGCGGAUCACCCGAUGAAAGUGACGGAUUUGAUGCGGAUGAUUCGUAUGCAUUGCAAAAGUAUCGUACUCGUAUAAAUGCAGCAUUACAAAUCUCCUCAGCUGCAUGAGAAAUAAAAGUUGUAAUGCGAGGUUAGCUUCAGAAAAAAAUUUGUAAUGCCUGAUCGCAAUUACUACGAGUUAGUACGAUACUUUUGCACAGGAUGAUUCGGGCGAAAAACGUGGGGCACAAGAUUCUCGAAGUGGAAACGCUUCGGGCGCGGAUCGCGUUGGAUUUGAAAGGUUUUGACGAUUCCUUCCCGAAUAAUUAUGCUGUGCAAAAGUAUCGUACUCGUAUAAAUGCAGGUCUUGCAUUACAAAUUUCUUUGUCAAGGCAAAUCAGCAUUACAAAUUUCAUCUCAUGCUGAGAAAAUUUGUAAUGCAUCUAUACGAGUACGAUACUUUUGCAGUUCAUAAUAAUGAUUAUCCAACAAUCAACUUCGCGAGCGGAAAAUGGAGACGGACGAACGUGUUAGAAAUCCCGUUUCUGUUUUCCCCGGUCGGUAUCACGGGGCUAAAACUCUGUUGGUCGGAUAUCAAAUGUAAAAAUGUCUGGGUCUGGAAGGAUCCAAGGUUUGUCAUGCACAUUUUGCAUGACUCCUAAUGUCUGUGAUGCAUGCCCUAGCAUCACAGAUUUUGUGAGGGCUUCCUGAUGCCUAUACCGCAUGACAAAUGCUCUUUCCGUGUAGCAAAACCUGGACUCUCUUUGCUGCUCGUGCAAUACAGAUUUUUUUAGAAUCCAAAUGCAGCAUCACAAGUUCCAACUUUCCAGACCCAGACAUUUUUGCAAUCCAUAUCGGACGGGGAGGUGCAACCCGGAUCCGCCUUGCAGGAGGUUCUAUGCAUUGCAAAUAUGUCUGGGUCUGGAAUCAACUUGUGAUGUGGCCUGGACACGCAUGAGGAGGCCUGAAUUGGCGUCCAAGCAUGACAAGUUUUUGCGUUGCUAGGUCGUGUUGCCUAUUCUGCAUGGUAUGCUACGCUUCCGUAUGACAAAAAAUGGGCUCCUGGUCCUGCUUGGGUAACGUGCAUGACAGACUUAAGAGUCAUGCCGGCCGAGCAUGACAAACCUUACAGUCUUCCAGAAGUAGACCCCGACAGAAUUGCAGUGCAUAGGUUCUCUACAAGAAAGAAGCCGGGGUGUUUUUCGUCGACCCACCCCCACCACUCGGUGGGAUCUCCAUGGUACGCAUUGCAAAGCAAGUUACUCGUGUUUAGUGCAAACUGCAUCACAAAUUUGCUCAGCAUAAAAAAUUGAGUUUGUCAUGCUGUUCACCCUAGGGAAGCAGAUUUGUCAUGCAGAUCUGCAAUUUAUUACUACGAGUAUUAUAGUUUUGCAGUGUAUACAUGGAGCUAACCAGCACUCUGAUGGCGGUUCCCGCGCCAGUGAUUAUCACGUUUAAAACUUCUUCCACCACUUACUUUGAAUCGGUGAAAAACGAAAUGCGGUUGCGACUCGCGGUCCCCUAUAUCAAUCGGAUCGAGAUGUGGAGCUCCGAUGGCAGUCACAAGAUAGAAAGGGAUUUGGACAAAAACGAGAUCCACGAACGGGAUCAGGGGACGUGCGGGUACAUUUUGCGGGAGGUUUGGUCGAACGACACGUCCAUAGCCGAUGAGUACAACGCGGUCGGAACGAAGUAUGAAAAAAGGGAUCUGGAAGCCGGGACGUUCCCCGUGCCUCAGGGGUGCUACUACGACAUUGCCAAUGAGCAGUUCGAGCUGAUUGUGGUUUUGGAGAAGGGUAACGGACUGAAAAAGGACACGGAGUACCAGGUAGAGAAAUGUUCAGGGCUGCCGCUGCGCCGGUUUUUCUUUUGAUUUUUUUGUCAUUGUCAUUUGUGAACCCUCUCUAGUGAGAACGAUUUUAUUGCAUAGAUACGAUGCAACUACAGCAACACAAAUGAUCUGUAUAAUUCCAUACCAGAUUGUCGUCUUCGCCCGUAUGCUCCGGCAAGACGCGGUCUUCCAAGUGACGAUUUUUGGCGACAUGGAAACGGAUUUUUCCCGCGUGGUCGAAUUAGAAGAUGUUUUCCUUUACGCAUUGCAAAUAUGUCUGGGUCUGGAAGAAUGCAUGACUUGUCAUGCUAGUCUGGCAUGACUUUGAGGUCUGUAAUGCAUAGGCACGAACAGGAGCCGCCCCUCUUGCCUGUCAUGCACAGACGCCAUAAUUUACCAUACCAUGCAGAAUACGCAACAGCUAGCAGGUGAAAAAUUUGUCUUGCUCUUCUGCCGAUUCAACUGCGCUCAUCAAUUGCAGAGUUGCAUUACAAGUUCCCAGAUGACCCUCGCACAGGACAUAUUUGCAGUGGAUAUUCUUCCAAAACCCCUCCAAUCUUGGAACAUGUCCGAGCCGUUUUGUUACACAGGGCAGUGGGACUGCGAGCUAGGUGGAUCCUUGACGAAUCAGCAAUACUCCCGGCGGGGUAUACUCCACCCCACUCGGGGCAUGAUGGUCUACGCCGAGGAAUCACACGAGGUGGGAAGGAAUCAGUCCUUCAUGUUUUUGUUGCAAUCAGAGUCGAAAAACUCGGUCAUCAUCGGCGAGCAAAUUGUCCGGAUCUUCAUGUGGCCAUUGACCCACUGGCGACUCCCGGACACGACCACUUGCGCUUCGAAGUGUUUCAAGCAAAUCGGGGCGCAGGACUACGCAGAUGGUCUACCGAGGGACUGUGCCCAAUUCCAGCCACAGUGCGAGAUGAUCCCGCUGAAUGAAAACUGCACGGAUACGCAAGUCAGGAUUCUAGGAACCUUAAUCGACGAAGAUUGGCGGGACAGCCGGAACGCAAACCACACGUGUAAUUUCUACAAGGAAAAUUCGUACAAGGAGCUCGAUCCGGACACCGGUUUAGUCCGGAUAGGUGGGAUGUGCUUGACCGACGGGGGGCUCUACCCGUACAAGAACAAAGUGGCCAACCAGGUUUGCUGUGCGUGUAACGGGGGAUCGAGAUAUGAGAUCAAAAAAGCGAUGAAAAUUUAUUUACCGGCUGGAAUGGAGAAGAAAUCGAGAAUACGGGGUUAUGACGAGCAGAACAUGUUUCACGUUUCCUGGUCGCAUCUAUCAGAGUUCACAACUCCCCCUCAUCUCCCUCGUUUGUAAUGCAAAAAUGCUAAACCCUGUCUGAGCCUUUUGGCUGUGCUUGCAUGACAAGUUCUCAAACCCCAAACUGCACUAUGCUCCGUGCGUGGAUUUGUAAUGCAGAGACUGUAUUUCUGACAUGGUUUCUGUUGCUAGAAAUGCACUACAAAUGAGGGGGACGAGGGGGAGUUGUGCACUGUCAUAGCAUCGACAACCGGAGGGGUUCUUCAACACCAGGUGGGGCGUAUCAGGGUGCACAACUCUCCCUCCCCCUCAUUUGUCAUGCAAAAUUCCAAAGCAAAAGUAAAGCAAAGCUACCUUUUGCCUGUUAGCACUUUUUGCAUGACAGAUUCAAGAAGCCAAAUUAGCACUACAAUUCUCUAAAAAUUUGUCAUGCAAAAGCUGCAUGUUUGCCGGCGCUUUUGUUGCUGUUCAUGCACCACAAACGAGGUGGAGGGGGAGUUGUGCACGGUUAUAGGGCGUGCAACUAACAGACCGGAACGACAGUUUUCCAUCCUACACGGUAACAAGCGGCGCGUAUUUGUUCCAGUCGCCCGACUACGUGACUCUGAACACGGUGACAGCGGUAUGCAUUGCAAACAUGUCUGGGUCUGGAAGGAUGCAACUUCUUCUCAUGCUAAAUCUGAAUCAUGCAAAACAUCUGUGUUGCGCGACUACCAACAGCCGCCCCUUUUUACCAAGUUGAUGAGAGGGAAUUUCUCAGGCAGGAUAGGCAUGAUAGAGAACUUACAGAAUUUGUCAUGCCAGGUGCUGCAUUCCAGACCUCGCGGGUCAUCCUCAUCGAAAACCUCCAUGCAAAUCUGACAUCCUUCCAGACCCCCGACACAUUUGCAUUCGAUAAGCGGCCAUUGUGAACAAACGCGGCUACGUAUCCCACGAAAAAACUGUUUCACUGUGAUGACUUUGCAAGAUCUGCAUCACAAGUUUCUUACACAUGACGCAGAAAAUUUGGCAUGCGCGCUUGCAAAGGGAAAACGCCCUUAGAGAGUCAAGCUCUUGCAGGUGUAGCAAGACAAAGAGUUCUGUGUUCCAUUCUAUGCAUCACAAGUUCACAGUGAAACAGUUUUUUCUUGCGAUACUACGUCGACCCGUUUCCGUUCGCGGAGGCGAAGGGGAAUAUCCUGAGCAAAAACCUCCCCAACCCAUAGUCAAGUUGGUAAAUCUGCAACAAAAAUCGCCAAGCUUUGGGAGUUGUGCAUGACACGUUUGUCCUCGUAGUGUAAUCCUGUUUAGCUAGUGGAGCAGCAUCACAAAUCUAGCACAUCGCGCCGGUUUUAGCAUCACAAAUCCCAGAGAACGACUCGAAAACGCUUAUUGGGGCUCCGCAUGAGAAACUUUUUUGGCAUGCGCAUUUGCAUUACAGCUCUGGGGUGGGGACGUUUUUGUUGAGGAUGGGCAACGCGUUUUACCUACGGUUCGUCCUCCCGUAUUCUUUAUCGCCCAGCACGGUGUGGAAAUUAAACUUACCCGUUGGGUAUAAAUGCAACUCUCUCUCCCCGGUCGCGAACGAUUUUCCCUACAUCAACGACACCAGCACGGGCCAUGUGCGGUACAACGGGCAGGUCGGGGCGGAGAUGAUCACGUACGAUAAGAAUAAAUGCAUCAUCACACUCGAUUCCCGGUCGCGGUUCUACCAAAAACAGCGGUUCUGGUUCUACCUCCAAGUGGACAACCCAGCAGACCCGCUGUCGAAGUACGACAGUACCAAUUUCUGGGAGUGGGUAUCCUAUGUAAAAUCGUCCCCACGAACCCAUAGUCAAGAUGCAGAAUCGGCUAGACAAAUCCGCAAGCUUUGGCUGUUUUGCAUGACAGAUUUGAUGGGCUCGUAUUGUAGUGCUGCUUGAGGUACUGCAGCAGCAUCACAGGUCUAGGUAUAUCGUGCUAAUUGGAGCAUGACAAAUCCCAAAACACGACUAGAAAAUGCUUCUCAUGGGGCUCCCGCCCAUGAGAAACAUUUUCAGCAUGCAGAUUUGCACUACAACUCUGGGGUCGUCGUGGGGACGUUUUUAAAUACGAUAGUGGGAAAUCACUUCCGCCGGGGACAUGGUGAACGGGAUAACCCCGGAUGAGUACAAGGUUAUGAACUGCAAAAGCAUCGUAGUAGUUGCAAUCAUGCACAUACAAAUCUCCAUCCCAAGGCAAAACAGCAUGACAAAUUCCAUUUGUCAUGCUGACCGAAUUUGUGAUGCGAUUUCUACUUAGCACGAUGCUUUUGCAAUGCAUAAAGGUUCAGUCUUUACAGAACGGGGGUCUUGGCGUCCCAGCGGAGUUUAAUGAGAUGCUCUAUCAAAUGCAAAUAUGUCUGGGUCUGGGAGAUUGCGAGGUUUGUCAUGCUACUCUGGCAUGACUCUGAGCUCUGUAUUGCGUGGCCGCGAAGAGCUUCUGCUGUUCCCUGUCAUGCAAAAACGGCAAAAACGCAGCCUCUCAUGCAGAAUACGCAACUCAAAACCACAGAAAAACUUGUCAUGCUAGGCAGCGCAUUACAGUGCUCUCACUAUUCCCUUCCUUGCAUCACAAGUUUCCAGACAUAGUUGCAACGCAUAUGCUCGCGGAAACAACCAGAUUAGGGGCGAACUACUACGCGCCGCCUUUAUUUGUAUCAAAUGCAAAAAUGUCUGGGUCUGGAAGAUUGCGAGAUCUGUCAUGCUUGUCCGGCAUGACCAAAAAGUUUGUGAUGCGUGUCCAAGAAGAGACCCUUUUGCCUGUCAUGCAAAAACGCAGUUUGUCAUGCGAAACACGCAACACAAAGAAGCGCAGAUAUUUCUCAUGCUGGGCUGUGCAUUACAGAGCGUUCCCUAUUCCCAGCGCAGCAUUACAAGUUUCCAGACCCAGACAUUUUUGCAUUUGAUAAUUUGUCGACCCGAACAACUACAUGUUUCACGUUUAUCCCUUAUGCAAUACAAAUUUCCCGCACAUGUCUAAAAUGCAUGACAAAUCUUUUCGGUAACUUGGAGUGCUGUCCAGCUUGUCAUGCUAACUAAGGUUGAGGGCAAGCUUUGUGAUGCAGAAACAGUAGUUGCAGUAGUUGUACGUGUACGGGAAAUUUACUGUGGACACCCCUUCGCCCCGAUCAUGUCGGAAAGAAAUUCCUGGCCGCUGAACCCGAGUAGGAAUAGCAGCAAGGUGAUGCAGUCGCUGAUAAGCCCGGUGGAGCAGCCACAUUCGCUCCAAGACGUGGUGAUUUAUUCUCUGCAAAAGUAUCGUACUUGUAGUUGUAUAAAUGCAUUACAAAUUUUCUCAGCAUGAGAACUGGAUUUUGUCAUGCUGUUUUACCUUAAGGACAAGAUUUGUCAUGCAUAAUUGCAAUUAGUACAACUACGAGUGCGAUACUUUUGCAAUGCAUAUGAUUCUAGGCGAACCCUACCGGUUGGUCUUACCGAACGACUACUUGUGGACGCGGAACUUCACGGUGCUCGGGACGUUGGUACAGAGAUCGGCGUUAUUACAGCCAUAUCAACGGCAAAUGUGUCUGGGUCUGGAAGAAAGCAAGCUUGUCAUGCUUGUCUCACAUGACUCUUAAAUCUGUAAUGCAUGAGCAGAAAUGCAUCCUCUUAGCUGUCAUGCAAAAAUGCAGUUUGUGUUUGACAUGCGUGGCUGCGUAACACAGUGCGCCCACCAUUCGCCAACUAGCAUCACAGGUUUCCAGACCCACACAUAUUUUCAGUUCAUAAGCCAGUCCACCUCCAGUUCAACAAGCAAACGGUUUUCCAGGUUAUGGAAUGCAAAAGCAUCGUACUGUAGUAUAAAUUGCAUUACAAAUUAGACCAGCAUUACAAAUUUAUUUUGUAAUGCUGAUCUACCUUGAGAAAGAGAUUUGCAAUGCAUAAAUGCGAUUACUACGAGUACGACACUUUUGCAAUGCAUACAGGUGUUUUUCAAACUCAACCGGAAACAAACCGUGCCGAACGGGGGGUUAAGAUUGGAUUUCCCGGACGGGUUCUUGGUAAUGGAGGUUUGCUACACUUUUGACAUCCCGGAGAUGUACUCCAGACAUGUGUACCAACAAAUGUAUUCCACGGUGUUUGAGCCAACCUAUUCCGUCGGGCAAAUCCUUUCCUGUCGAGGGAGUUACAAAAUUCCGCGGAUGGAUCAGAACCCAAAGGUGCCGCAUUUCGACCGGGCGACGAUAUUAUUAGGCGACCCCCUCUUAAUCGGGUACACCUACGCGUUUGAGAUCGUGAUCACCCCGCCGACCUACGACUACUAUCAAACGUACCUGAAGCCGACCAUUGACGCGAGUUUGAGUAACCCGAACGGGAACAAAUACGUCUUCUCUUUGUCGACGUUGAGCCCGGUGGGCGAGGCACUGGAGAUGACUUAUUCAACUUUGGCGUUCAACCCCAUGGAGUAUAUCUACGAAACGCCGACGGAGCAAGACCCGUCAACCGGCACCCACGACAGUUUCCCGUUACACCAGUUUGAACUGAUUCACCCGGAUUACAUCUUACACGACCCGAGACCCUACUCCUUGACGAAAACACCAACCCCCAUCACGAUCCACAACUUGGUUUUAGGUGGGUUGUCGGGGAUUUUAAAAGUCACCGCGCCGAUUGGGUACGUGUGGGACUGGGAGGCGGCGAAGUUGAACAGUUACUGGACACAGUGUAGGAAUUGCAAAAGUAAAUCGUACUAGUAUGAAUUGCAUUACAAAUUGGCUCAGCAUUACAAAGAAAAUUUGUAUUGCGAAUUUACCUUCGCAGCUAGAUUUGUAAUGCAUAAAUAAGUGCAAUUCCAAUUCGUACGAGUGCGAUACUUUUGCAACAGGAUACAGUGGGAACUGUCUUUAGAGCCGUAUCUGAACAAACCGUACACGACGGAGAUUGCGAAAAAUUCCACGGAGUACUACAGUACAAACUUGACAGUGAAUGUAUGGCGUUCUCAAACGUUACAUUCUCAGCUGUUACAUGAAUUUGCAAUGCAAGACUAGCACAGGUGAGAGAGAGAGCCUUGCGCGUCUUGCAUUACAGGUUUGGUGCGGAUUACAGUGCUAUUUAGCCCUCCUGGAAUUUGUCAUGCGAAGCAGCUCGAUCGUCUGGCGGGUCAUGGUGAUUUUGCAUGACAAAUCGUGUAACAGUUGAGAAUGUAACGUUUGAGAACCCCAUAGAAUGGGACUUUCGAAGACUGUCCGGUCCCGAUAACCCCAACCGGCCAGUUCAACAAAAGAGACAGCAACGUGUUGCUUUUCAACGACCCGGGGUGUAAAUGGGAAAACGGCAAGGUGUUCGCGUUCAGGACCUGGAUCCAAGUACCGGACUACAACCCGGUGACUUCAACAACAAGAUGGUACGUGGAAAUCGUCAACGCGACGGAGCCGGGCUCAUUAGCGAGUGCUAACGACGGGUCCAUCGUCAGGCCGCAUGACAACGUGCGGAGUUCCGAUGUGUACGCGACAAUGCUGGCAAAGGACGUGGCGGUGAUCCGGAAUUUCGCGGUCUCUAUGGACAACGUGAUGCCGUACGGGUUUGGAAAUCUCACGUUUGAAUUCGAGUUGACUCAAUCACUACCGAUCAACGGCACCAUUGAAAUAUCACGAGAAAAAAGUGUUACAGUUACACAUUUGUACGGAGUUUCUGCAUCACAAACUUUCUCUGUGUGGCAGAGAAAACCUGUGAUGCGAAGAUCCUAAAGGAAAACAGGAAGGAAACAAGGCUCCCAAGCAUUUCCGGCAUGAGAAAGGUUGCGUGACAAUGUGUAACAACUGUAGCGCUUUUUUCUUGCGAUAUGAAAUCGACUCCCCCUACACUUUCAACUUCACGCAAUUCUACCCGUUUGACGGGUACGACGAAAGAUUGAAUCCGAAGCUAGCGGAGGAGCCGAUGUGCAAGGUUUUUAACAUGUCGACGUUGAAAACGCCGGAGCAGAUCGCGGCCGAGCAGGUUGUCUACGAAGAUCCGGACGUGCAGGCGCUGUCUGAUCUUUCCACGAACGGAACUCGGUAUUUAUCAAAUGUAAAAAUGUCUGGGUCUGGAAGAAUGCAAGAUUUGUGAUGCAGGUUUUCCAUUACCCAUGAGGUCUGGAAUGCGAGACCCAGCAUGGCAGAUUCUUUGAGGUCUCUAUCAUGCCUUUCCUGCAUGAGAAACUCCCUCUCAACUUGGCCAAAAGCGGACAGCUUUUGGCACUCACGCAACACAGAUUUUUGCAUCAUUUAGAUUUAGCAUGACAAGUUCUAAUCUUCCAGACCCAGACAUUUUUGCAUUUGAUAGUAUUUACCGGAAAACAACCCCAUGCCCAUCGACAUCGUCUGUCGGACGGUUUACUACUGGGAAAUAUCCUGUGCAAAAGUAUCGUGCUCGUAGUAAUUGCAGUCAUGCAUUGCAAACUUUUUGCUCAAGGUAAAUCCGCAUUACAAAGUUCAUUUCUCAUGCUGAGGGAAUUCGUCAUGCAUUUAUACGAGUGCGAUGCUUUUGCACUGCAUAGGAAACCCAGGUGGUGGAUUUGGAAGCGAAGUUUCUGUUUUCCGGGGUGAACCGGGCGAUUUUAUCGUCUCCGAAAGUCGGCCGGUUUCUGAAAGGGAAAUACAGGUUGGCUUUGGAAGUGAGAAACCCGGGGCCAGAUCCGGUUUUGAAUUCUGUGGACAACAACAUGCCUUGCGGGUACAGGAAUUGCUUCACGAUCAUCUCCAUGUUCCGGAACAUUCGGGUUUUGGAAGAGUCGAAAAGAAUCUUUGAAGACGAUCCAAGCAGCUUUCACUCGACCCCCUUUAUGUGGCUGAAAAUCGCGGAGCCGUACCCGUUGGAGAUCCCUGGAUCCGCGGAUAUUCCCUGGAUCAACUACGGGGAUAACGUGUUUCUCGCCAGUUAUCUACAGAACCCGGCCAAUCCCAACGCUUUAACCGGUUUCGACCCCUACAAAGCGUAUCUCACCGGGACGAGCCGGUGGCUUUCCUUGUCCGACCGAAUUGUGGAGUACCAGUACGAGAAAUUUGCGUCCGUUCGGAUGCCGGAGAUCCGCUACGCGAUGAAGUCUUUUCAAAUCGUGGAAACGACCGAUUUCGAUGAAAUCCGCGCGACGGGCAGGUGUGACCGGCCGGGGUGUAAAAACUCUAUUAUUCUCGUCUUCCACCUAGCCGGUUGGGCGACGCCCGGGUUGAUCUACAACUGGGAACUCAUCUACCAAGCGAACGAAACCACCGGCGGGGCGGUGAUCACCGACGAAGACAUUCGGGAUAUCACCCUCUGCCCGAACUGCACCUACCCGGGCACUGUGAUCGUCGAUACGAAGCCGGACGACCAACCACCCAGGUUCCCCGGCGGGGUGAUGCGGGUCAUCGCCCCACGCGGGUUUGAGUUCACGCUGGAUUGUGUAACCCAUACGAAUUACACGUACGAUUUAUUCCCCGGGCUGGGGGAUGACUACUGGAAGCACCACGCGAUGUUGAAAGACGCGGAGGAGUGGCCGGUAUCAAAGUGAAAAAGUCCCCACCCCAUAAUAUUAAAAAUAUUCAAAAGACAAUUUGUGUUGCUGGAUUUGUGUACACAAGUAAGCUUUGCAUUGCUGUAAGAGCUUGCCGGCAUAUUCUAAGACCAUUUGGGUACGCAUCCGGCUAGCAGCUGAGCAUGAGACACAAGUCUGGCAUAGGGGAAAACGCAUGACAGACUCGCUGUAAAAUGGGCCACAUGGGUGCCAUUUGCCUUGUACGCAAGACAGAGUUGAUUUGUGGUCACAAAUCAGCAUCACAAGUUUUCUUUUCGAUAUGGGGAGGGGGGAUUUUUCCUUACGAUAGCCGGUUGGGCACGACUACAAGUGUUUUGGGGAAGACAACAUUCUGUACCUAUGGAAUGCAAAAGCAUCGUACUCGUAGUAAUUGCAAUCUUGCAUUACAAAUCUUUUUCUCGAGGCAUAUCCGCAUUACAAAUUUCGUUUCUCAUGCUGAGAAAAUUUGUAAUGCAUUUAUACGAUGAGUGCGAUACUUUUGCCAUGCAUAGUAUCUAGACACGGACAACGCGACCUUCGCGCCCGCGCAGAAGUACGUAUCAAAUGCAAAAAUGUCUGGGUCUGGAUGAGUGCAUGUUUGUCAUGCUUGUCUGGCAUGACUCUCAAAAUCUGUCAUGCGCGUUACCCAAGAGCGCCAUUUUUCUGUCAGGCAGAAGCGCGGUUUGUCGUGCAGAAUAGGCAACGCCUAGAAUCUCAGAAACUUGUCAUGCUGAGCCAGCACUUGUGGCCUCCUCACGAUACGCAACCCAGCAUCACAAGUUUCAGACCCAGACACUUUUGCAUUUGAUAGUACGCACUGCGGAUCGACAUCGAGAAAAACCCGCCCGGGAUAUUGACCAAGUCCGCGAACAUGUGGGGGCUGAGGUUUAUGCAGCAGUCCGCCGGGGCGCAGGGGUUCGAGGCGUGGAGCUGGCGGAAAUUGGAAGUCACCCCCAUUUCGACCACAAUCGGCGGGCCGGACGCAACCCCAGUCGCGAUCACUUUCUCUCCCUGGACGGCUUUGCGGGGGAAAGCGACGUUUCCGCAGAUUGUUAGAACCGUGUCGAAUUACGAAAAAUCAAAUCACACGCAUGAUCAUUUGAACGACACCUACCAUGAGCACGAAGUGCUAGUCUCCCAGACGACAACGGUGACAACGGAGCCCUACUACGGCCGAGUCAGGAUUUUUGCCCCCCAAGGGUUUUUCUUCGAGAUCAUUGAUUACACAACCUACGCCUGCCGGUUUGAGAUCAUCCGAACCGACGACUGUUUGACCUGUGGGGUCCCGUUUAUCACAGAUUCGACGCACAACACGGGCGAGGUGAAGCAAAACGCGACGAUCUGUCAGGUGGGGAUAUGCAAUGCAAAAGUAUCGUACUAGUAUGAACCAGCCAUGCUCCGGCUGCCGCCGGAGCGCAAGGCUGUUGGGCCGGGGCAAGACAGUUUGCCGAUCGGACCACAACGCCACGGGCCUGCGCACAACGAAACAUACUGGAGUCCUGCACAACGAAACAUACUGGAGCGUGCGCCGCGCCAACCCGCAGGACCACUUGCGCGCUUCCCGCGCCUGUGGGCGCUCUGCGCGGGGAGCAGCUGAAAAGAACACCGGGGGCGAACAGAAGCCGCCCGGCGCGAGAGGGUGGCGCGGGAGGGUGGCGCGAGAGGGUAGCGCGAGAGGGUUGCGCGAGAGGGUGGCGCGAGAGGGUGCGCGAGAGGGUGGCGCGAGAGGGUGGCGCGAGAGGGUGCGCGAGAGGGUGGCGCGGAAAGGCGCCGAGCAAAACAAGUCCGCGAAUGGCCUGCAAUUCCAAAUAUGGGGAGUGCCAUGCGGAUUCGCGCCCGCUUGGGUGUGCUUUUACCCUCUCGCAGCCCUCCCGCAGACCCUCUUUUUGGCCUCUUUUGGGGGUCCCCGCUAAUAAUCCGGCUAUACUCGCGGGUAGAGGUCGACAGAGGUGGCCGAGAGGUGGCCAAGAGGGUCCGCGAGAGGUCGCCCCUUAUUCGCGCCACCUCUCUCCACCUCUGUCGACCUCUCGCGCCCCCUCUUUUUGACCUCUCUGCACCCUCUCAGGCACUUAGGCGGCGCUUUAGGGUGAGCGCUUCGGCGGGCCAUACUCGCGCACCCUCUCGCCGACCCUCUCGAAUGGGGUCCCGCGCCACCUCUCAACCUCUGUCGACCUCUUUUUUACCUCUUUUGACCUCUUUUUGACCUCUCGGCCACCUCUUGUUUACCCUCUGUCUACCUCUUUUUUCGCAUGAAUAUAAUAUAUAGUAAUUGCAUGACAAAUCUUUCCUAGAAGAAGAAAAAUGAAAUUUGUCAUGCAGAUUCAGCUAAGGAAGCAGAUCUGUAAUGCUAGACUCGCAUUUAUACGAGUGCGAUACUUUUGCAGAGCAUAGGGGAACCCGAAAUACAACGAGGCGGUCAUCACUUUCACCGGUUUGGACGGGUUUAAGGGGAAAGCAAUGUACCACUACAGUAUCACGUUGUUCAUCUUCAACCCGCGGAUCUUGACUCUGAAACCCGUUCCGUGGAGAUUCGUCACGGAUGUCAUGGACGUCCCCUUACGGGCGAAAUUCGGCUACGACCACUGGAUACGAAAUGCAAAAGUGUCUGGGUCGUCUGGAAGAGUGUGAACUUGUCAUGCAGGUUUUCCAUGACCCGCGAGGUCUGGAAUGCGGGACCUAGCAUGACAGACAUUCUGUGAGAUCCCUAUCAUGCCUACCCUGCAUGACGAGAAACUCCCUCCCAACUUGGUCGAAAGUGGACAGCUUUAUUUGGCACUCGUGCAACACAGACUUUUGCAUGGUUCGGAUUUAGCAUGACAAGUUGCAAUCUUCCAGACAUCCAGGGAUAUUUGCAAUCCAUACUGGAUGGAAUUUGACGAAACCUUUUUCGGCGGCUACAACAUCCAACUCCCCGCGCCUCUGUUUCAGGUCCAAGUCCCGGCGGACAAACGGGGUGCGAUUUUGCAAACUUCCGAUCAGCUGAUCCGGUUCCGGUUUACAGACCCUGUGAAGUUAAACGACCGGAUUAUCAUCCAGGCACCGGCGGACUACUAUUUCGAGGACAUGAGCCUACCAGUCCGGGGGAAGUGCUUAGGAUUCCGCUACGACCCGGCAGUCAUGAAGUUCAACGACACGGUAUCCUGAGCAAAAACGUCCCCACCCCAUAGUCAAGUUGGCAAAUCUGCAACACAAAUCUCCAAGUUUUGGCUGUCGAGCAUGACAAGUUUGGGCUCUUAGUGUAAUACUUAAAAAAAUCCUGUGUGUUAGCUAGUGCAACAGCAUGACAAAUUGACUUCCUUAUCCUCAUUCCAGCAUGACAAGCUCCGCGAUAGCAUUAGAAAACGGCUGUCAUGGGGCUGCGCAUCAGAGACAUUCUAGGCUUGCGUAUUUGCAUGACAACUAAGGGGUGGGGAUGCUUUUGUUCAGGAUACACGGCGAACACGACUGCGCCGGAGGACGAGCCGGAAAAUCUUGCGUUAGUAUCCAAGAAAAAAACUGUGUAAGUGUAACUUUGUGUUGCAGAAAAUGCAAAACUGUUACACUUGUCAUGCUGGACAUGCAUCAGAGGCAAUUUUCGUGCGCGUUUUCACGUACUAGGUACGCAUGAGAGGUUUUCUGUGUCAUGCAGAGCAAACUUGUGAUGCUAUUCCUCCAAGAAACUUACACUUACACAGUUUUUUUCCUGGAUAGUUAGACCCGGAUAGGAACUGCAAAAGUAUCGUACUAGUAGUAAUUGCAUUACAGAUUACUUCAGCAUUACAAAUGCAAUUUGUCAUGCUGUUUUGCCUUGGGAUGGAGAUUUGUAAUGCACGACUGCAAUUUAUUUUACUACGAGUGCGGUACUUUUGCAGUGGAUACCGGACAUCCGACUGCAGUACGAGGGGAUAGGAUUCAGGAUGAAAUUGACGAAAAACGACAGCUGUGUCACCGUGGACAGCAACAACUUUCUGCGUAUCACCGACGCUUCGAAAGUGACGCAAGUGAUGCUGUGGAACCCGAUGCCACUAUGCAUUGCAAAUAUGUCUGGGUCGGGAAGAGUCGGGGCUUGUCAUGCACAUUUUGCAUGACCCGUGAGGUCUGUGAUGCUGUUGAUAGCAUCAAUGAUUUUUUGAGAGCUUCUUGAUGCUAAUCACGCAUGAGAAAUUAUGCCCUCUCCGCGUGCCAAGAACUGGACUGCUCCUCUUGCUGCUUAUACAACACAGAUAUUUUUAGAAUCCGCAGACAGCAUUACAAGUUCCACUCUUCCAGACCCAGACAUAUUUGCAGUUGGUAGCCACCCGGGUUGUACCAUUUCGACGAAUUGAGAGACCCGUUGAUGGAAAGGCCGAUCGCGACUUUGCAAGAUGA